UCUCUUAUAUGGAUAUAUCCCAAUAAAGGGCGUCCUUUUCUUAGUGGGCCACAACCAUUAGCUCGAUCAAGAGAGUGGAGAGUGGAGAGAUAUCUUUCAAAUUUUAAUUCACCACUUGAAUCAGAGUUUCCUGCGCUCUAAGUACUUUACGCAGUUGAUCGUUGAAACAAUAUUCUACUCCAAAUAAUGGCUGGGAGUGGUGGCAGCGCCUCCUCAAACCCAAGCCCAGCUCCCAAAAUCUUGUUGGCAAAGCCUGGAAUUGUCACCUCCAGCAAAUUCAAUCGAGGCGGCGGCAGCGGCGGACCGGACGAUGAUUCCACGGCGCUCCGCUCACGCCUUCCAUCUAUUGGUUCUCUCAACCUCCUUUCAGACUCUUGGGAUUUCCAGAUCGAUCGAUUUUUACCUUUUUUAACGGAUAACACUGAGUUCACCGUGGUGGGUGUAAUUGGUCCACCAGGAGUGGGAAAGUCAACUAUUCUGAACGAAAUUUACGGGUUUGAUUCCAGUUCACCUGGAAUGCUACCUCCUUUUGGCAUGGAAUCGGAGGAAACAAAGGCAAUGGCUAGGCACUUUACUGUAGGAAUUGAGCCUAGGAUUUCCUCCGAAAGGAUCAUACUUCUUGAUACCCAGCCUGUAUUUAGCCCUUCAGUUUUAGCAGAGAUGAUUAGGCCUGAUGGGUCAUCCACAAUCUCAGUAAUAAGCGGUGAAUCCUUAUCUGCAGAGCUAGCUCACGAGAUGAUGAGUAUCCAGCUUGGAGUUCUGCUUGCAUCUGUUUGUAACAUUCUCAUUGUGGUCUCCGAGGGAAUUCAUGAUGCUAGCAUGUGGCGUUUGAUGUUGACGGUGGAUUUGUUGUGGCAUUCCUUUCCUUAUCCAUCUUCUGUAACACUUUCUCAUCCACCAAGUUCCACUAUGAACUUUGAUAAAGAAAACAUUAAUAAACCCCUGGAGAACGGAGAUGAAUACAUUGCUGCUCCGAUUUUUGUGCAUACAAGGCUUCGUGACCAAGACAUUACACCACACAAUUUUCUGCAAAUGCAGAAGGCACUUGGACAGUGUUUUAGUUCUUCUUCAUUUGUAAGAUUAGAAGGCCAAGAUGCAUCAAAAGAUGCUCACUCUUCUGCUGUGGCUCUUGAAGCUCCUAACGACUUAGAGACCAACCUGAAAUUGUUUCUUGUUCCAUCCAAGGGUAAAGAUGGUUCGUCAAGGCCACGGUAUGAAAGCUAUGUCUCUGCGCUGUGGAAGUUAAGGGAUCAGGUUUUAUCUAUGAGUGCCCCCUCUUUUUCAAGGAAUGUUUCCGAACGCGACUGGUUAAAGAAUUCUGCCAAGAUAUGGGAACUCAUUAAGGAUUCUCCUAUUAUCGCUGACUAUUUUAGAACACUACAAAGUUCUGGCUUAUAUAGGAAGUAGUUGACUUUGUUUCUGUAUCACAACAGUCUAUCAAGUGGAAUGCCUGUGGAGUUCUUAUAGCUACUUCUUAUUUUUGCUUUA